UGAAAGGCAGUCCCCCAAACCCUUCCCCCUUUAAAUAAGCUCCUCAGUGCAAGAGCCAAUACCGCGACCGAGAAGGCUGACAAUCACUCAGUUCGCAAUCCUCCGUCAGGCCGGCAGCAUGUCUACUAACACGGGCUCGUUAUCAUGCGAGGGCAUGUAUUCUAAACUCAUCGAUGACGGCGGUAUUCAGGGCGAUGAAGCAUAUAGUGCCCGACCCCCAGUUUUUGUAGCCCCACCAACAGCAGGCCAGAGACUGACUCAACGUGGACCCUACAGAGUGGCUACAGCAUGUCUUUCUGUUUUCUGCCUCAUCUUACUCCUGGUGUUGGUGGCAAUGAGUGUACACUAUAAGAGCAGUGCUGCUGUGGGCAAGGGCCAAAACUCAGUUUCCCAGAAUUCUUCUUCAUCACCUUCUACACAGAGGCAGAAAGCUUGCCCAAAUGUGACCUCCCUGAAUGCAGAGCAGAAGAGACUUGAGGAAAAGAAUAGGGAACUGGUGGAAGAAACCAACCAGCUAAAGGCCAUUAUUGAAAAGCUGGAGGCCACCCCAACCCCACCACCAGUGCAGUGCACUAAAGACUGGCUCUACUUCAACGGCAGCUGCUACUUCAUCUCCGUGUUUGGCCGAAGUUGGAGGGACAGCCAGACGUACUGCAAGGGAAAAGGAGGUCAUCUUGCCAUCAUCCAUACAGCUGAGGAACAGACCUUCUUAUGGAACCUGUUGCCACGAGGUCACUGGAAUUCUUAUUGGUUUGGAAUCAGUGAUGAAAAGCUGGAGGGAGACUGGUACUGGGUGGAUGGAACCAAACUGGUUGGAGGUUUCUGGGAGGAUGGGGAACCUAAUAACCACAUUAAUGAAGACUGUGGCUACAUAGUGAAGACAGAAGUGUUAAGCCGUGUAGCUACCAAGAGUUGGUACGAUGCACCAUGCUACAUGUCCUUACCCUGGAUAUGCGAGAAGAAGGCAGAGUCGACCUCAUCAUAACCAUCAUCAGUUUUCUGACACUCAGGAUGUGUUGUUAGUCUCAGGGGAUUUAGAGCGAAGUGUCCAAAAUACUAGUGUUGUAUGUGCUAAAUUAUAUACGCUUUUAAAGUUAUGACACAAAAGCCAAAUCAAAAUAAUUCCGUCCUGGGCAAUCUAACCAUCCAGUCCUCUGAAGUAACAUUUAUAUAAGCAUAUUAUAACUCUGAUAUCUUUACUGAUACUAACAGAGUGACUUCAACCUCAUUGCUCCAAUGAUCAGACAGCUAUGUUAACUGUUAUACAGACAAUAGUUAUCUAUAUACAUAAUAUAGACUCUAUUAUGGUAUGUGGUCUAAUACUGGUUCGUUCAGACUUUAUGCCAAAGUUAAAAUACCACUGAGGUUUUACCAUUAUGACUGCUCUGUCCUUUGUUUAAGCUUUAUUUGUGGUCAGUUGCGUUGAUUAUAUCAUGCAAAAAGUCUUGUAAAUAUGUUUACUAUCUCAGGCUCUCAUAAAGAUUUUAAGUUGGGUGUCUAUGGGCAUUUAAUUUUAUUAAAUGUAUUCAGCGAGAUGUUUUAUAGUCAGUAAUGGAGAGUGGACUGCAUGGCUGGAGUCCUCUAAGCCUAUUGUGCUAGCACCAAUUUCUGUCAGCAGAGGACAGUGUUGGGACUAUUGAUGAUUUUAGCAAUGUUGUGCUGAUAUGCCAUGUCAUUAUUUCUUAUGUCAUAAGAAACCAGUGCUGUUGGAUUUUCCAAUAUUGUUUGUUUUUUUUUUGCUCACUUUAUAGUUUUGAUAUAUUCAUAUGAAUUGGUGUGACAACUGUUGUAGAGGCCCAAUUUGCCUUAAAAUGAACUGUUAACUAUAUUGGUCUGUAUAAAAUGAAUAACGAUAAUGGGAAUUGUCAUCUCUACUACUAAUAAGAAAUAAAGUGCUUAACCAAAAAAAA